UUUGGCCACUGUCUAUCUCAUUUCCCCCAUCCUUUCCGAUCGACCAAACACAUAUAGCAGCCAAUUUAUUUAUCCCACAAGAAGGAAUUUCAAUGGCAACUAGUGAAUCGCAAAUUGAUAUUGAUGAGACCGUCAAUCGCUUGGCGUCAAAGCGUGGAGUCGAGUCAGUAAUAGUAAUGACCAAGGAUGGGCGUGUGAUCCGCACAACAGGAGAGACUGAGCGAAGCGAACUGCACGGAAAGCUACUGAGUAAGCUGGCAAGGGACGCGGCGGAGAUUGUCGAAGAGUUAGAGAGCUCUGAUGAGCUGUCGUUCUUGCGGAUCAGGACGACGAAGCACGAGAUCAUGGUUGCGCUCGACCACAGCUACCUGCUGGUUGUUAUCCAAGCACCGCAGCUGAGCGACUGAGUGCAUUUGCGACUUUGGCAAUCCUUUCCGUCUCGGCCUUUGCUCAUUCCCCCUAAUCAUUGGCAGUAUUGUGGCAGGGGUUGGGUUGUUUGAUUCAUGCAAAA